GGCGUGAGGUAGAGCGGUCGUGCUAGCCUGGCCCGAUGGCGACUUCGGUGCUUCACACGAGGUUGCCUGGGAAUGCGGGCGCUUCGGCCUCUGCUGUCAACAAGCUGGGGGCGUCGAGAACUGGAAUUUCAGAUAUGCUUGCAGUAGAGAAUGAUUUCUUCAGUUCUCCCCCAAGAAGAACUGUUCGGUUUGGUGGAACUGUAACAGAAAUCUUGCUGAAGUACAAGAAGGGUGAAACAAAUGACUUUGAAUUGUUGAAGAACCAGCUGUCAGAUCCAGACAUAAAGGAUGACCAGCUCAUUAACUGGCUGUUAGAAUUCCGCUCUUCCGUCAUGUACUUGACAAAAGACUUUGAACAGCUUAUCAGUAUUCUAUUGAGAUUGAAGUGGCUGAAUAGAAGUCAGAAAGUGGUGGAAGAGUACUUGGCUUUCCUUGGUAAUCUUGUAUCAGCACAGACUGUCUUUCUUAGACCUUGUCUCAGCAUGAUUGUUUCCCAUUUUGUACCUCCGCGAGUGAUCAUUAAGGAAGGUGACGUGGAUGUUUCAGACUCUGACGAUGAAGAUGAUAAUCUUCCUGCUAAUUUUGAUACAUGUCACAGAGCCUUGCAAAUAAUAGCAAGAUAUGUCCCAUCGACACAGUGGUUUCUUACGCAGAUACUGGCGGAAAAAUUUCCAUUUGUUCGAAAAUCAGAGAGAACGUUGGAAUGUUAUGUUCAUAACUUACUGAAGAUCAGUGUGUAUUUUCCAACCUUGAGGCAUGGAAUUUUGGAGCUUGUUAUUGAAAAAUUACUCAAGUUGGAUGUGACUGCAUCCCGGCAGGAUAUUGAAGAUGCUGAGGAAACAGCAGCCCAAACUGGUGAUGGGAUAGAUGCCCCAGAAGGGUUGUUUAAUAUGGAUGAAGAUGAAGAAACUGAAGGCGAAAUACAGGCUGAUCCUGAACGGCUCAGUCAGAUGGUACACCCUGUAGCUGAACGCCUGGACAUCCUGCUGUCUUUACUUUUGUCCUACAUUAAGGAAGUCUGCUAUGUAGAUGGUAAGACUGAUAACGACAAAACAAAGGAUUUGUAUCGAGAUCUGAUAAAAAUCUUUGACAAACUCCUCUUGCCCACUCAUGCCUCCUGCCAUGUGCAGUUUUUCAUGUUUUACCUCUGCAGCUUCAAACUGGGAUUUGCAGAAGCAUUUUUGGAGCAUCUCUGGAAAAAGUUGCAGGAUCCAAAUAAUCCUGCCAUCAUCAGGCAAGCUGCUGGAAAUUACAUUGGAAGCUUCAUGGCAAGAGCUAAAUUUAUUCCUCUUAUUACUGUAAAAUCAUGCCUGGAUCUUUUGGUUAACUGGCUGCACAUAUACCUUAAUAACCAGGAUUCGGGGUCAAAGGCUUUUUGUGAUGUUGCUCUCCAUGGACCAUUUUAUUCAGUGUGUCAAGCCGUGUUCUACACUUUUGUUUUUAGACACAAGCAGUUUUUAAGUGGCAACCUGAGGGAAGGUUUGAGGUACCUUCAAAGUCUAAAUUUUGAACGCAUUGUAAUGAGUCAGCUAAAUCCUCUGAAGAUUUGUCUACCCUCAGUAGUUAACUUUUUUGCUGCUAUCACAAGUAAAUACCAGCUAGUCUUCUGCUACACUAUCAUUGAGAGGAAUAAUCGCCAGAUGCUACCAGUUAUUCGAAGUACAGCUGGAGGGGACUCCGUGCAUACCUGCACAAAUCCACUUGACACCUUCUUCCCCUUUGAUCCUUGUGUUCUUAAGAGGUCAAAGAAAUUCAUUGAUCCUAUUUAUCAGAUAUGGGAAGACAUGAAUGCUGAAGAGCUUCAGGAGUUUAAGAAACCCAUUAAGAAGGAGAUGGUAGAAGAUGAAGAUGAUGAUUUUCUGAAAGGUGAAGUCCCCCAGAAUGAUCCUAUGAUUGGGAUUACGCCGAGCUCCUUUGACUCACAUUUCCAAAGCCCCUCAAGUAGUAUGGGCUCCCCCCCGGUGUUAUAUAUACCAGACCAGUCCCGUCUCAUACCGAGGAUUUGUGAGUGAGACACCACAUUUCUCCCCAUCUUGCCCUUUGGUACUGAAGUUCCUACUGUUUGAGCAUCACAUUGAACUAGAACAAGUACAUGCCUUAUGCAUCUUACUUUCAAGCUAGACUUAAUCUAGUGUCUGAACAGAUAGGGUUGUGUUUUUUUUUCCUGUUUUGCUCCCCUUAUAGACAAAAGGAAAAUGUUGAAUAUCAUGUGCAAUAUUUUGCAGUGAAGUUGAUGACAAACGUUGAAGGCUGUUUGUAUAUUUAAUGUAUACAUUUUUUGUGUUAUGACUUUCUGACAUAAUUAUUGUGAAAUUUCUAAUCAGUAUCAGUCUGUUUUAACAGUUGCAUCUUAAACAGGUUUUUGUCAAAGCCAUAGUCACAGGACUGUGUUGAUUUGAUUUCUUUUCAGUGAAAAAUCUUGCAGGACACUAUUUAAAGUCUUGAAUUAGAGUGUGUCUAUUUUGGAUACAUUGUUUGCCUUCUGCUGUAAUUGUAUCUGUAUGUGGGAUCUAGCUGGAAAGUGGGGAAAUGACCAGAGCUAGCCUGGGAUGCCCAGAGUUGGAGCUGGCACUCAAAGAGAUAAUCUCACCAGGGACAUGAAAGACCAAUAAAUGCCAGGAGGGAAGAGACAGAGGUUUUAGGGAAUAAGAAGCAGACAGAUAAUACACUUGUGCACUGUAAACCUGAAUUUAAAAGAAAAAUGGAUUUCCAAGUAAAUGUAAUUCACAUUGGCUGAAAAUUGGUUUGGAUUUUUCUAAAAUAUAUUCACAGUAUUUUACCCUUAGUCUCUCAAAAGUACUGUUAGAGCUGGAACUGUUUAUUUAUAGUAAAAUGGAACAGCAAGUUUUUACUGACCAGCAUCAGUUGAUCAUUUUGAGAAUUUCUUUGUCCAAACAUGAAAUACAGUUUUUUUAGUUGUUUUGGUGCAGUGAUUUUGCUAGCACAAGAGGCUGACGUUUGUGCUGUAGCCUAAUAGCUGUUCAUAUCAUGGGUUCAGCUGUAUGAAAUCCUCUUCCAGUGAGGCUCUUUUUGUAUUUUUAUAACUAAAUCCCCAGAGAGGGGGAGUCAAGACAACCUCGCUUUAUAACAGAUUUGUACAGGAGUCAUUUUGAACCCCAUAAGUAUUUUAGCAUCAUUCUUUGUGUGUACCUUUUUGCUUACUUGUGAAAAUAGGCAUCUUCAAAUGUAUUUAUUUUUCUGCCAAUAUUUCUGUUCUUUAUUUAAAAGCAAGCAGUAUUUUCUUCAUCACAGAUAUUUUCUAAUAUUUGCUCUUUCCUAGGGCUCUGUACACUUGUAUAAUUACAUGGACGGUAAUUUAGAAUUUGAUUUUCAGUCAGUAAAUAACAUUUUGGAAAAUAGAAAUUUUUAAUUGCAUUAAAAAGUUUGGGUUUUGAAAUGUUCUUUCAGUGACAUGGUGAAAAGUCAUUUGAGAACCUUAAAGGUUCUCUGUUUUUUAACUGCUGACAAAAAGUGGAAUUUUUUUAUACUGGAUAAAAUGAGUAAAUGAAAAUGUGUCUACUGACGUUAAUGCUAAGUGGAGUCUUCUUUGUGGGAUGGAGAGUAGUUUUAAUGUAGUAUGAUGUAUUGACAAAUAGGUGUUUAAUUUCAAAGCAGGAGCUUCAGGAGAGGAAAAAACAUUUGAAAAUAAAACUGACAUAAUCUGGAACUUUUGUUCUUAUGCCAAUAAAGGAAGGUACCUUAAUAAAGAGAGCUCUCACAUAAA